UAGACAUUGUCGAAUCAGCUGCAGCAGUCGUUUGAUAGCGUUCUCAUUGUUAGCAGGGUAGCGAAGCUUGCUGUGAAGCGAUUGAAAUGUCAGCAGAACCAAGCGCAGACAUCGCCCUCAUCGGGCUGGCGGUGAUGGGGCAGAACCUCAUCCUCAACAUGAACGACCACGGCUGGGUGGUGUGUGCCUACAACCGCACCGUAGACAAGGUGGACAAUUUCCUGGCCAAUGAAGCCAAGGGCACGCAGGUGGUAGGCGCUCGGUCCCUGCAAGAGAUGGUGGCUAAACUUAAGAAACCAAGACGGGUCAUGAUGCUGGUCAAAGCUGGUGCUGCUGUUGAUGCCUUCAUCGACCAGCUGGUGCCGCUGCUCGAGGCUGGCGACAUCAUCAUUGAUGGCGGCAACUCAGAGUACCACGACACGCAGCGCAGGUGCGAGGCGCUGGAGAAGAAAGGGCUUUAUUUCAUCGGGUCGGGGGUGUCGGGGGGCGAAGAGGGGGCGCGCCACGGCCCCUCACUUAUGCCAGGAGGCCACAUCCAGGCUUGGCCUCACAUCAAAGAUAUCUUCCAGUGUCUCAUGCUACACUCUUGUGUGCAGGUGUUUCAUCAAUGGAAUGAAGGAGAGCUUGAUUCUUUCCUGAUCGAGAUCACCGCUAACAUCCUCAAGUUCAACGAUGAAGACGGAGUGGCGCUGGUGGAGAAGAUCCGGGACGCUGCGGGCCAGAAGGGCACAGGCAAGUGGACCGCAAUAUCCGCCCUGGACUACGGCACUCCGGUCACCCUCAUCGCUGAGAGCGUCUUCGCCAGGUGCCUCUCCUCCAUGAAGGAUGAACGCGUAGAAGCGAGCGUGUUGUUGUCGGGCCCCGCGUCGUCCUCCUACACGGGCGACAGGACCGCCUUCGUGGAGUGCCUGCGCCAGGCGCUGUACGCGAGCAAGAUCGUCUCCUACGCGCAGGGCUUCAUGCUCCUGAGGGAGGCCGCCACACAGUUCGGCUGGCAGCUCAACUAUGGUGGCAUAGCUCUCAUGUGGCGAGGUGGCUGCAUCAUCAGGAGUCAAUUCCUGGGCAAGAUCAAGGAGGCGUUCACGAAGCAGCCUUCGCUGAGCAACCUGCUGCUGGACUCCUUCUUCGUGGACGCGGUGCGUGGCGCUCAGGAGGGCUGGCGGCAGGUGGUGGCCCAGAGCGUCCUGCUGGGGGUGCCCACUCCUGCCCUGUCCUCCGCCCUCGCCUUCUACGACGGUUACAGGACCGACAAACUUCCCGCCAACCUCAUCCAGGCACAACGCGACUACUUCGGAGCUCACACCUACGAGCUGUUGGCUUCACCAGGCAAGUUCCACCACACCAACUGGACCGGCACGGGCGGCAACGUGGCCGCCUCUACCUACAUGGCUUAGAUCUUGUAUUUUUUCAAAUCUAGGGCUUCCCAAACGAUUUAAUUACUAUUUAUUUUUGUUCUGACCUGUGGGAGACUAAAACUUUUUAUAUGGUAUAGACGGGAUAAUGGAUACGGUUGUGUAGUGAAAUUUCUUUUUUAAACACGUCUAUGACUUUUUUUGGUUUAACCUUAUUAAAAUAAUAUAAUACUCUUUGUAUGAUGGAGGCGAAAUAUAGAAUUGUAAUACGGGAUUGAGAGGCUAAUGAUAAAACUUGGUAUUUUUUUGUUUACGGAUUUUCUAUUUCAAGAAAAAUGAAAAAAUAUGACUCGCUCUCUUCACAAACGUUCGCCAGUAAUGCGUUGGUUUUGCUGCAAUACUUGAAAUGUGGUCAGAAUUAUGUUAUAUGACCACAUCUAUGAAUUAUGUUACUUCAAAGGAGUACAUGUCAUUCUAUGAUUCUAAUACUCGUAAUUAUCUUAUCAAUCUAUUCUAAAAUUCACAAUAGUUCUUUGCGAUAAGAAGUGAGCACAGCUCUGGAUAAAAAGUCAUCAACUGUUGCGAUGUUCUUGGUGAUGACCAAAUCGCUCUACCGGCUUCAUGAAUAGACGUUUAAAGUCAUAAAUAUACGCUCGACGUCGUGAAUAUACGCUUGACGUCAUAAAUAUACGCUUGACGUCAUGAAUAUACGCUCGACGUCAUAAAUAUACGCUCGACGUCAUAAAUAUACGCUCGACGUCAUAAAUAUACGCUCGACGUCAUAAAUAUACGCUC